AGAGAGAGAGAGAGAGACUCUGUGAGGCAGCCAAGAUGAGAGUGAGAAGCAGUGAGAGGGAAAACCUGGGGAAAAAAAACAACUAAUCAGACCGAGGGGGAGGGAAGGAGUCAGCGAAAACAGCAAAAAGGCAGAGCAGGGAAGAAGAAAGAGGGAUAAGGGGGAAUUGUCAGCGUGCAAUCAGUGAAGGUUCAGGGCACCAAAGUCAGGGGAAAUGCAAUGACUAGAUGACCAUCAACUACAGUCGCACCAGCAUCUUUUCCUGGAGCCUUGACAGGAGAAAAAAAAUUACACACUCAGUCAAAGAUAAUCAGUUUUAAGCCAGUCCCACUUCACUGGAUCAUGUCAUCUGCUGGCUCAACAAACCACAACAAGCGUCUGGCAUCUGAAAAGGAGAACUCCCAGAGUUUGCUUGACAAUGAUUCUGCGCAGCAUUUGAAGCUAAGGGACAGGCAACGGUUCUUUGAAGACACCUACCAGCAUGACAUGGACAACUACCUGCCCUCUACCCACCUACAGGUUGACUGCAGGAAACCUCCCAUGGGCAGUAUUUCAUCUAUGGAGGUGAACGUGGACACUCUGGAACAGAUGGAUCUGAUGGACAUCUCAGAUCAAGAAGCCCUUGAUGUGUUCCUCAACUCAGGCUCAGUUGGUGAUGAGGGAGCCCUGGCUUCUCCACUACCAGUUAUAGAUUGUGAGGACGAUGAUGAGGAUGAAGAAGGUGAGGUUGUCUACAGGGAACGCGCACCCCUGCAACGGCAAAAAGAAGUCUAUCGUGGAUCACAGUCUCGGUUCUCCUCAACAUCAUCUGGUUCCAGUGUGACCAGCACAGGUGGAGCCGACACACCAGUGAUCCAGUCCGAUGACGAAGACGUGCAUGCCGACACUCUUCUGCUGACCUCCGUUCCCCAUACAAGAGAUGAAGAAACAGAGGAAGAAGAUGAGGAAGAAAAAUGCUUUUCAACAACCCAUCAAUAAGACUGAGCUCCACUCCUUCCCUCUGUACAUUUGUAUUAUUUUUUAUUAGCUAAAACGCCCAGCAUGGGUGGGUUAACGCUGAUUUGCUUUGUCUUUUGGCGUGUGCGUUUUUCUCUACUAUUUUGUUUUGUAGUUAUGUAACACAUUCAAUGGAUAGCUUGCUGGCGGUUCUCUCAAAAGACGUUAAAAAUAAUUACAUGACUCAUUGUUUUCUUCUGCACAAACAUGUUCUGCUUGAUAUAAAACAUGUUCAGUUUUACUCCUUAAACUGCUGGGGGGAAUCUUUAUGUUUCAGUUAUGUCAAGUACUAAAAAAUGAUUGCAACACCUGGUCACAAUUCAAACAAGCCAGAUUCAAAUUUAAAAGGUAGGUUAAUUUGAGGGGAAAAUGUGUUCUCACUGGACCUUUACCACAGCUCUGUUUAAAAAAAAAAAGUGAGACUUGGUAUUAGUUGCAAAUAAAUAUAUGGUGGUUUCUAAGAUAUUACACAGAAGACAUUCAAAUCAGUAACAAAAGUAAAAUCUUAUAUUAAAGGGGCCUAGUCACAUACUAUGACUACCAAUUUUUAUGCCAGUAGCUCACACUGGUGGCAUACAAAUGUUUUCUGAUUAAAUUAUUGCGCACUGUUGGCAUAUUAUAUUUUAUUUCUGUCUUUCUCUUUUGUAUAUAUAUUUACCUGAACAAGACCACAUGACCUGAAGUAUAACAUUGUGCAUGUGUGAAAUUAGUAAACAAGGAGAGGUUAUGGGGCCGAGUGAGUUAGCAACGUCCAGAACAGGUGAGAUAAGAAAGGUUAAGUAACCCUAACCAUAAAGAUCGGAUUCAUCUUCGACCACACAGAGUUGUCAUUUUACUACGAGGCACUGCAGUGCGGUCUACCGGCUCAUACAGUAGCCAUGUCAAUUGUCACCACGUUGCUUAAUGAUAGUACUGCUGGCAAAUUGCACAACAAUGUUGAUGUCUGCUGAUCGCACCUGGAGCAAAAUUCUUUUCAGGUUAAAAAGCCUAAGUAUUUAAAUACUAUCAGGGUGAUCCUUUGGCAUGUAUUGUUUUAUGUGAAGAUGAAUAUAUGUUUUUGUGUGUUUAUAAUGGUCAAAAUAGAUGACUGUGCCCAUUUAAAAGCCAAAAACCGCCAAAAUCAAAUGGACUACUUUUAUAAGCUAUCCGGCAGUGAAUACAUGCGUCACAGUAUUGAAUAAAUCAGCAGUUAAAGCUUCUUUUAAGUCUGCUUAUGGAAUUUUUUUUCCUAAGGUCACACUUUAUAACAAAUAUUUUUAAAAUGUAUUGAAUAAUUUGCCCUUAAUUCAUAAUAUAUAAUACAACAAAUAGUCCCAGUUUUUUUGCAAACAAGCUUGUGCAUCAUACCCAAGUACAAGGUUUUUGCAGUUUUUUUAUAUUCUUUUUUUUUUUUUUUUUUGCAGACUUGUUGAAAGCAAAUGUCAACUCUAAAUA